AUGAAUCCUCCUAGCUUCACCGAUUCAAGCACUACUGAGGAUCCGAAAAGCGAGUUGAAGAAGGUGUUCAAUGUGAUGCAUGUGGUUGGAACUGAGAGUGUUGAGUUAGUUUCAUAUCAAAAUAAGAGUGUGGCUAGAACCUGGUUUGAUCUAUGGAAGGAUGGUAAAGCUAAGGAUGCACCACAACCAAGCAUGGCUUUCUUUGAAGAAGCCUUCAUGUGGGUGGUUCUUUCCUCGAGAACUGAAAGAAGCAAAGGCUCUGCGGGUUGUUUUAAGUGCGGUCAGAUCGGGACAUUCAUUAGAGAAUGUCAAAAGAGUAAGAUAAUCGAUGGUAGUGGGGGCAAUAGAGCUCAUUUUUCAUCAGCUUCUCCACCAUAUAGGGCUGCACCUAGGGGAGCUACUUCUGGUUUUGGCGAAGGAACAAACUGCUUGCAUGCUCUCAAUAAUUGCCAUGAACAAGAGAAUUAG